UACUAUAUAGUACUAGUAUUAGAAUCCAGAAUUAUUGUUCAAAUAUUUAGUCUGUAAAGUGGGAAAUUAGUUGUAGCUACUCUAUAGAUUUAAUUAUUUCUGUUGAAUUAUUUCUAGAUAUAAUGUACAAAAUAGUUGCUUUCUGUCGUUGGAUUUAUUACUUUAGAGAGGACUACUCUAUUGAUAUUGAAGAAAUCAGGCGAGAGCUUGGUGAAGAAUUUAUCUUGGAUAUUAAGAAUUACACUGGAAAAAUCACUGACGUAUUCUCCUCCUACUGUAUAAUUGACUCUGCUAUCUACCUGUCCUUCCUAUCUAUCCCUAAGUCAAACCAUUUAAAUCGUUCCCCAAGAGUUGGAGACUAUGUUUCUCUCAAACUACAGAGAAUCAAUGAGAAUGAGGAGUAUCAAGUGCUAGAGUUUGAGAAGAUUUGGAGAAGGUCUUGGGAUGAUGCUGAGCCUGAAGAAGAAGAAAAAGAAGAGGAGGGUGGGAUGUCUAGAAAAGAGGGAGGUCUGGUUUUGAGUGUUCAGGGUGGUAGGAUGGAGGUCCUAAUCAAUCAAGAGAAGAGAAGCUUAAAUCUUGCCCAGAUAUGGAAGGAAAAUUAUCUUCCCGUCAAAGGGGAUCAACUCCUAUUCUCCUGCAGAGUGGAAGGAGAUGACUCAGACUUUAAUGGAUCUAAGAUUGUACUGGCUGUUCCUCAGAGAAUUAAGUCUGGAGAUGGAGAAGUUCAUGCUAUGAGAGGAAAACGUGGGAAAAUUUCAGGGGAUGUGUUCCUUGAUGAGUCUGUUUGCAACUACAAAUAUGCUCCAAGGAAUAGAGAUAAUGUUAGAUUUCAUGCUGUUGAAUGUGUUCCUACCCCUGCUACCCUUGACUGUAUCUGGAGAGCAACUUCUGUUUCACCUAAAACUAUUCACAAAUAUUUUGGCAGAUCAGCUUUGCCUCCUUCACAGGAGAAACUGGAUGAUCAAGCAGCACUGCUAUCUGAUAAGAACGGAGUUGAGAUCCGUGGAGAACAAUCCUUUGGAACUCUCAACUUUACUGAAACUGCAGAGCUGAAGCUAACCAUAAGAAAUUCCAAUGCUGAUAGUAUAGAAUUGGAAUCAAUUAGGUUUCCUGGACAGGUGAAUAGUAAGAGUGGAACUGGAAUACCAGGAAAUCAGAUCACGUGGUCAGGAGACUCAAUUAUUGCCGCUAGAGAAGUGUCAGAAAUCAGGUUCAAGUUAAGACCAGGAAAUAUUGGGAAGCAUGAUCAAUUGGUUGUGUUCAACUUUAAACACUUCAACAUAGGACGCAUCCUAUGUGCUAAUGUUGUGAGUGACAGGUUGGAAAGAAUAUUUAAGAACUCUGGCAGCUCAGACUUCACUUCUGGGACCUCAACCAUAAUCAGGGUUGAAACCCAGGACAACUGGGUGAUUAAGGGGAACAAGAGGAAGAGAGAUCAACCACCUGAUUAUAUUAGUAACAGGUUGGGUGGAUAUCCUGUUCCUCUGUACCUGUUUGAGAAAGCUGAAGAAUCAGAUUACUCUGAAGAAGUAGUUUGCAUUUAUCCAACCCUGUUGAUCAAACUGAACCAGGAAAAUUACGACAGUAAACUGAAAGCACUACUGUACAUAGAGGAAGUGGCUGCUACAUUAGAGCUAGCACAGUACAGUCUGGAACAGGUUUUCUUGGUUCGUCAUGGAGCUUUCCUUACACUUACAGUGCCUGGAUUAAAGGAGAGGAGACCGAGCUUGUGUCUGGGGGAUUCCGUCCUACUCUCCGAUAUAAAGGAUCCUAAUAUGCCUGUGUACGAGGGUUGUAUAGAAGAGGUGAGAAGUACUGAACUACUUCUAAGGUUCGAUGAAAACUUCCAAAGAAGAUAUGACGGAGAACUAUACAACGUUACCUUCAAGAUGAACAGGGGUCAAUAUCGUCGGCAGCACCAAUGUAUUGAGUCUGCAGAUCGGAAUCUUGGAUUCAAUAUUCUCUUCCCGCAUACAGUCAUCAUGAAAACUCCUCAGGUUGAGUUUAUUGUUGAAAACACCAGCAGUUCCGAAUCUUCCAUUCGUAGUAGUAGUCAAGUUAAAGGUAAGAGUUCAGAGAUAAAAGUUCUAAGCUCUAAGGCAAGGUUCUUACAAAAGCUAAAUAUCCUACGCAAGCAGAAGCAAGACAUGCCUGUCCUAGUAGAGGGAGAGGAGAAGCAAGACCUGCCUAUUCUAGUGGAGGGAGAGAAGAAACAAGACCUCCCUUUCCUAGUAGAGGGAGAGGAGAAGCAAGACCUGCCUUUACGAGUGGAGGAAAAGGUGAAGCAAGAUCUGCCUGUUCUAGUGGAGGGAGAGGAGAAGCAAGACCUUCCUGUUCUAGUUGAGGGAGAGGAGAAGCAAUACCUUCCUGUUCUAGUGGAGGGAGAGAAGAAGCAAUACCUUCCUGUUCUAGUGGAGGGAGAGGAGAAGCAAGACCUUUCUGUCCUAAUGGAGGGAGAGGAGGAGACAGAAAUAAAUCUGAAGGAAGAAGACAAGGACAACAAAGGGAAUGAGAAAGGCAAGAAAGGAGAUAUCACUGCAAAAUCAGCAGAAGAAAAAGAGAAGGUUGAGAAGAAAGAUAAUUUGAGUACAGAAGAAACAGAAGGUGAAGAGAAGGUAGAGAAGAAAGAAGGUUUCACUGGAGAACAAACAGAGGGAAACAAGAAAGUAGUAGAGAAGAAAGAUGAUAUCACUACAGAAGAUACAGAGGGUGAAGAGAAAGUAAAGAAGAAAGAGGACACUGCAGUUAAAACUGAGAAAGAAGAAAAGGUGGGGAAGAAAGAAGAUUUUAAAACAGAAGAAAGUAAAUUUGAGAAGAAAGAAGUUAUGAGUACAAAAGCGACUAAGAAAGUAGAGAAAGUGAAGAGAACAGCAGGGGAAAAGAAGAAGAGUAGCACAUAUAAAAAAGAAGAGAAAGAAAGUUAUGAACAAUCUAAGAAAAAGGGUUCUGAUCACUCAAAGAUUUGGGUCAUCCCGAAUGUUAACAAAAUCAGAACUGAGAAGAUAGAUGACUCUUUUACUUUCAUCCCGUCACUUCCAUUCCAGUUUAAAUACAAUAGAGUAUCCUCCAGUAUCCCUGCAUACUAUCCUAAACAGGGUUCAGAACCAGGGAUUUUGAAACUGAGUUGGAUCAACCCAAGUUUAAACCCGGAGCAGCGUAGCGCUGUAUUAAGGAUACUAACUGGAGAGGGUAGACCUCUUCCCUAUAUUAUCUAUGGACCUCCAGGCACUGGGAAAACAGUUACUCUGGUCGAGGCUGUCCUACAGCUGUUCACUAUGCGGUCAGAUGUUAGGAUACUGGUAGCAACACCAUCUAACAGUGCAGCUGAUCUAGUUGCUGAACGCAUUAUCAGGUCUGGCAAAGUCCAGGUUGGAGAUCUGGCAAGGUUAAACUCAUUUCAACGAUCUCAGGAUUCUAUCCCUGAAUUACUUUUGCCUUACUGCUUGAAGAAUGAUGAAGAUGAGAGCUUGUUACAAUCCUCAAAGCACAAAAUACUCGUCAGUACAUGUGGCACUGUCGGAAGUAUUUACAAGCUGAAACUAAAGCACGGUCACUACUCUCAUGUAUUUGUUGACGAAGCUGGUCACAUGACAGAACCUGAAUGUCUAGUUCCAUUGGGUUUGGUUCAUCGUGAGACAGGUCAGAUUGUGCUAGCUGGUGAUCCCCAGCAGCUUGGGCCUGUUAUACAAUCUCCUAUUGCAGCUCUUUAUGGACUAGAACUAUCCCUGCUGGAAAGGUUAAGUUUGCUGCCAGUUUAUCUACCAGACAGAGAGAGGUUCCGAGACCACGGUGGAUAUGAUCCUCUUCUAGUCACUAAACUCGUCAGAAACUACAGGUCUCAUCCUGAUAUCCUCUUGGUUCCCUCCAGACUUUUUUAUGAAAAUGAGUUGAUUCCUUGUGGGGCUGAAACCAAGAUCAACAAGUUUAUUAACUUCAAUUUUCUGCCAAGUAAAGGACAUCCGGUCAUAUUCCAUGGAGUGAAAGGAGACAAUAGACAAGAACCUGAUUCUCCAUCUUGGUUUAAUCCACAGGAGGUGUGGCAGGUUGCAGUUUACACUCAAAAUCUGCUUAUAGAAGGAGUGGAGAAGGAUGAUAUUGGUAUAAUAUCUCCAUACAGGAAGCAAACUCAGAAAAUAAGAGAGAUGCUGAAAGUGUUUAACAUAGACGGGAUCAGAAUUGGAAGCGUUGAAGAGUUCCAAGGUCAAGAGAAGCCCGUCAUACUUCUUACCACCACACGGAGUGGAACUGAACAUCAGGUGUCAGACAACAAGCAAGGAAUAGGGUUCCUGGCCAGUCCCAAGAGACUUAAUGUUGCAGUAACCAGAGCUCAGUCCUUACUAAUUGUUAUUGGAAAUCCGCAUGUUCUGUCCAAGGAUAUGAACUGGUUUGAGCUUCUACAGCAUAUUGUUGGACUAGGAGGAUAUACAGGCUGUGAUCUUCCCAUCACACUCCAGUGAUUUGGCAAAUUAAUGGAGUGUAAA